CAACCGGUUCAAUUUAGAGAUCAUUGGCCAUAGUCACUCCUGAUCGUACAGAAAGGCCGACAAAAUGAGGUGGGCACGGCGCGAGCGGUCAUCGAUCGGCCUAUACAGCUGACGCGGUCGCCGUUUGAAGUCAACUCGAAAACAUGGCCAAGUCGGAUAUGGAUGAGGGUCAGAUCAAGGAGUUGGAGGAGCAGCAGAUCUCUCAAGGUCCUCUAUCUGUCCUGCAGCAGAGUGUUAGGAACAACACGCAGGUCCUGAUCAGUUUGAGGAACAACAAGAAGUUGUUGGCAAGAGUGAAGGCGUUUGACAGACACGCGAACAUGGUUUUGGAAAACGUCAAAGAGAUGUGGACCGAGGUGCCGAAAGGAAAGGGCAAGAAGCCGGUCAACAAGGACCGGUUCAUCUCUAAAAUGUUUCUGCGUGGAGAUUCCGUGAUCUUGGUGCUUCGUAACGCUGCAUAAGCUUGAAUUGUGACUAUCAUGGCCUUGUAUCAUCCUUUACGAAUUCGACCUCGCUCGUCAGCUAUGGACAAAGCACAGGGAUAGCGGGAAAUUCCGCGCUCCCCACAUUCAGAUCUCUGGUAUGGGUAUAUUCACCUUCACGGACAGUCUUUUUCAUUACAGUUGGCUACGCUUCCGCAAA